AUGUCGAGUUCUGCUUCUGGCGACUCGAGUGGCCGGUCAAUGGAGUCUCGGACCGGCAGAAGCAAACAACGCUACAACACCAAAGGAGAGCGUCUCGUCGCCGGCAUUGUGCCCCUCACCCCCGAUCAAAAUUACGUGCUGCUGAUCCAGUCUACCCGGCGAAAAGGCUGGGUUCUACCUAAGGGCGGCUGGGAGUCGGACGAAACGUGCCAGGAGGCUGCCGAGCGUGAAGCUUGGGAAGAGGCCGGUAUCGCCAUCCAGAUCAACUAUGACCUGGGCGAUAUUGAGGAGAAGCGGCCGCAGAAAUCUUCCAAAGACCGAUCAAGAUAUCACUUCUUUGAAGGUACCGUCACCAACGAGUAUGAUGACUGGCCUGAGAGACACAAGCGGGAACGCCAGUGGUUCACAUUUACCCAGGCAUGGGAGGCCCUGACCACCCGGCCGGAGCUCCAGGAGGCUCUGAACCGGUGUACAAUGAACCGGCUGUAG